CGGCCCUAGAGCCCCACCACGAUGCCGCGCCCUCCUCCUCCGCGCCCAUAGCAUAUCUAGACCGGCUCCCCCCUCCAUCACUCCUACGUGACCCGAGCUCCCGCCCGAGCCCCCGCCACAAUGCCGCGCCUAUCUCCCCAUCUCCUCAUCCGUGCCCGCCGCAUAGACCCGCUCCUCGCAUCCCUCCUGCGCGUAACGAGAACACUCGAUAGUGCCACCACCGAGCUGCGCUGGCUCAGGGCGCACGCCGCGACGACCGCAACUGCGACGGACAGCGCAGCGGCCACACUCCGCAGCUACGUCUACCGGCGCUCCAUACUCGCCGAGCCACUACAAUACAUUCUCGGCGACCAGCCGUUCGGGCCUACUUCGAUGCUGUGUCGGCGCGGGGUCCUCAUCCCGCGGGCCGAGACCGAAGAGUCCGCGUCUCACCUUGCCGGGCUAUUACCACGCGGCUCGAAGGUGGUGGAUCUGUGCACAGGCAGUGGAUGUAUCUCGCUUCUCCUCGCGGCGGAAACGGACGUGUCAGUAGUCGGCGUGGACUUCUCGCACCAUGCACUGCGAUUGUCGAUGGAGAAUCUGCAGCACAAUGCCGACGUCAUACGGCCGGCGUCGCAGGUGAAGUUCAUGGAGGGAGAUGUCUUAGCACAGGACGAGGACGAGUUGCUGUAUUCCAUCCAUGCGUGCUUCGACGAAAUGGUGCCCGAGUAUACCAACGUCGAUGUGGUUGUGUCUAAUCCGCCGUAUAUCUCGGCUGACGGGUAUGCACGUGAGACGGCAAGGAGCGUGAGAAAUUGGGAGCCAAGAGUUGCCCUGGAGGCCGCUGAUCACGGUGAUGUGUUUUAUCCCCGGAUCGGGGAAAUCGCGUGGAAUUUGGGUGCCCGCGCGGUUGUGGCAGAGGUUGGCGGCUGGUCUCAGGCUGAGAGGGUGAGGGCUAUCUGGGAGGAGAUGGGAUGGGAGGGGAGCGCGAUAUGGAAAGACUUCGCUGGGAGGGGGAGGACAGUGGUGGCAUGGCGCGAGGGCGGUGAGUGGAUCGCGGAGGGGCCGAACCCCCCCACGUGAUGCGUGAACGAGAGUUGCGCAAUUGAAGAGUGCUAGAAAUCCGUUCAUUGAUCAUUCCCUCGCAAUCCGCAGCGACGACAGUAAAUCAUAUCUAUACGCAAAAGCCAAAGUACCGAGGCCGAGCCGUUUUGUACCCAAACCGCAACACACAACGCCCUACACCAGCAGCGUCUCCUCCCUCGCCUCGGCUUUCGGCUGCUCCACCACCACCACCGCCGUAGUCUCCGCGCCUCGCACUCGCGCUACCGCCAGCUCCUCCGCAUGCUCGCCGUCAUCAUCGCGAUAAACCCCGAAUCCCUCCUCUAAAUCCCUGCCCAAGCGCGCACUAUCGCUCCACUCCCUCGGAUCCUCGUCAAAGUCGUCGCUCGGCAGUCUAACAUGCCCC